AUGCGCUGGUACCAACUUUUGUCGAGCGUUCUCGCUCUGCUUCCUCUGUCCGUGGCACAGGAUUGUUGGCGAAACACCACCUGCUCUGGGCCAACAGAGAGUGCGUUUUCGGGGCCAUGGGAGGAGAACAUAUUCGCGCCUUCGUCGAGAAGUGUAAGCCCGGAGAAGCUAUUCCUCAUUACCCAGCCAGACAAGACGGCAGAUUACGCGCCGUUCACUCUGCAGGGGAAUGGCUCUCUGGUGGUUUACGACUUUGGAAAAGAGGUUGGUGGCAUCGUCAGGGUAAACUACAGCUCGACUGGCAGUGGUGCACUGGGAGUUGCAUUUACCGAGGCAAAGGACUACAUCGGCGAGUGGUCUGACUCGUCGAAUGGUGGGUUCAAGGGUCCUGAUGGUGCCCUGUACGGCAAUUUCACAGAGGCCGGAAGCCACUACUAUGUGAUGCCGGAUAAGGUGUUGCGUGGUGGCUUUCGCUAUCUGUCGCUUUUCCUGAUCACCAGCGGCAACGUCUCCGUUCAGAUCGAAGACGUGAGCCUGGAGAUCGGCUUCCAGCCUACGUGGUCGAAUCUCAAGGCCUACCAAGGAUACUUCCAUUCGGACGAUGACCUACUGAACAAGAUCUGGUAUAGCGGCGCGUAUACCCUGCAGACGAACGAGGUCCCGACGGAUACUGGCCGCCAGAUCCCAGCCCUUGCUGUAGGCUGGGCGAAUAAUGCUACCCUGGGACCAGGAGACACUAUCAUCGUCGACGGGGCUAAGCGAGACCGCGCGGUAUGGCCGGGCGACAUGGGGAUCGCGGUUCCUUCAGCGUUUGUCAGUCUGGGGUACCUGGAGAGUGUGAAGAAUGCGUUGCAGGUGAUGUAUGAUACGCAGGACAACUCCACCGGCGCAUUCGACGAGUCCGGACCGCCAUUGAGCCAGAAGGACUCGGAUACGUAUCACAUGUGGACGAUGGUCGGAACAUACAACUACAUGCUGUACACCAACGACAGUGACUUCUUGGAGCAGAAUUGGGAAGGCUACCAGAAGGCCAUGACCUACAUCUACGACAAGACCGGGUCAAAACUUGCCACCUGGGCCGAGGAUUCAACCGGUCUGUCCGCCACAUGGACAGACAGAGCCGAGAAGCUGCGUCAAGCCAUCAAUGAAUACUGCUGGGACGAGGGAUACGGUGCCUUCAAAGACAAUGCCACAGAAACUACCCUGCACCCCCAGGAUGCUAACAGCAUGGCCCUUCUAUUCGGAGUGGUGGAUGAGGACCGCGCCGCCAGCAUCUCGGAAAGACUGACCGAUAAUUGGACUCCCAUUGGCGCCGUGGCUCCCGAGUUGCCGGAGAACAUCUCGCCUUUCAUCUCGUCAUUUGAGAUCCAGGGCCACCUCACCGUGGGCCAGCCCGCUAGGGCGCUGGAACUCAUUCGACGGAGCUGGGGUUGGUACUACAACAACCCCAACGGUACGCACAGCACAGUCAUCGAGGGGUAUCUGCAAAACGGCUCCUUCGGCUACCGGGGUGACCGCGGAUACUACUGGGACACAGCGUAUGUAUCGCACUCGCACGGAUGGUCUUCGGGGCCGACGUCUGCACUGACCAACUUCAUCGUGGGUCUCACCGUGACGUCGCCGUUAGGAGCGACCUGGAGUCUCGCGCCGCAGUUCGUCGACCUCAAAUCAGCCGAGGCGGGAUUCACGACAUCCCUAGGGAAAUUCCAGGCCGCGUGGUCAAAAGGAGCCGACAACUACACCCUAGACUUUACUGUCCCGAAAGGAACAAACGGAAACCUCACCCUGCCGUUCAUCAGCACCGCGAAACCGUCUAUCCAGAUCGACGGGACCGAGAUCACGCAGGGCGUAGGCUACGCCAACGAGACGGCAACCGUGGCAGGCAGCCCAUAUCACGUGCGGCGAUCGCCAUUAGUAACCAAGACCAACGUAUGGCUCCAUCCCAUCCUCUCCAAGUCCAGCACCUCCACACUCCUCCACACCUCUCACCACCGAACCAAACCAACCAUGCCCCCAAUGCCUCCCCUGCAAGCCGCCAGGGCAUCGCCCUGGCUGAACUGCCCGCGACGAAUGCGCACCACGAGCACCCCUCAACGCCUCUUCACCACCACCCGCCUCCUCCGCAGUAGCACCACCACCACGACGACGAACCCCCUCCGCACACCCCCCCGCGCUCCCCGCCACCGCGAUGCCGAAAUCGCCAAAUCCAAACGCUCGAUCUUCAUUUCCGCCAGCGGAAUCGCCGCCUGCGCGGUCGCCAUGUACGGCGUCAUCAAGCUGGACCUGUUUGCCGCCGACCAAGCCCAAUCAUCCAGCAGCACCAGCACCAGCACCACCACCGAUGCCACCGAUGCCACCCCCACCUCGACCAACCAAACCGCCCUCGACGGCCCCUCCGGCUUCCCAAGCAGCCCAUCCCUGAUCCGCAUCUCCGGCCAAGAACCGGGCGCGGAGCAAGUCCCCACAGGCACCAGCUCAGUGCCCUACUUCCCGAGCACGAUCCGCAUCCCCAAAGAACUGGACAAUCUGACCUCGGGCGACGACAUCCGGUCCGAGACCGAGGAGACCGACGGCGAGGAGUACCAGCUACUGGGACUGGGGAUCCGCACGGUCUCGUUCCUGGGCAUCCAGGUAUACGUAGUGGGGAUGUACGUUGCGAAAGCGGACAUAGCGGAACUGCAGAGACGGCUGGUGAGGGUGGGGGUUGAGGCGCAGGGGAUACUCCAGGCCCAGGCGGAAUCUCAAUCCAAGACUGGGUCGGGGGUUGCGGUGCCCGAGACCGUGAAGGCAGGAGGGGACGGCAUAAGCGCCACAUCCCUCGUCUCGACCGAGCGAGCCGCGCUGAAGGACCUCCUGGACUCUGACCGCGGCGACGCGAUCUGGGACGCCAUCAUCAAGCCUGACGGUCUGAGGACCGCGUUCCGCGUCGUCCCCACGCGGAAUACCGAUUUCUUGCACUUGCGUGACGGCUGGGUGCGCGGUGUCACGGCGCGGGCGCAGAAGUAUAACCCGUCCAGUGGGGGUCAGUUUGCGGAUGAGGGGUUCGGCGCGGCGAUGAAUGAGUUCAAGGGGCUGUUUGGGGGCGGGCAGAGGAAGAAUGUCGCCAAGGGGCAGACGGUCGUCCUGGUUAGAGGGCUGGCCGGGCAGUUGGAUGCCCUGGUCAGGGUGGCGCCGGAUUUGCCCGGAAGGUAUAUGGGACGGGUGGUCGAUGAGAGGGUGAGUCGGUUGGUGUGGUUGAAUUAUCUGGCCGGAAAGGGCGUGUCGAGUGAGGGGGCCAGACGGAGUGUCGUGGAAGGGGUUAUGGAGGUGGUCGAACGGCCGGUGGGGACGGUGGUGCAGAAGGUUUUCUAGGUUGAUUGUUUGACUGUUGGUGUUGCGGGGAUGGUUUGUGAUGUAUGUUGGUGUAUGUGUAUGUGUAUGUAUAUGUGUAUGUAUUAUAUGAAUCUCUAGCCAUUGCAUGUUGUAUAAGGUUGAUAUGCAGUGAGUGGGUGGGUUCUAAUGGUAAGUCUGGCGGUGAUGUAG